AAUGGGAGAGGAUUGAGUUACAUGAGAGACACAUGUUUCAAAACGUCAAGUCUACCACCAUCCGCUGCAUAAUGCCUGACUUGAAGAAGCUCAGACGUUUCCUCCAAGCAGGUGAAAAGUGACAAGUCUGCCAGAUAGAAAUGCUCGAUGUGUUAAUAAUAGGAGGUGGGCCCCAUGCCUUGACCUUGGCGAGCUUGCUCAACAGCCUUGACCCUGAACAAGAUUCUGACCGUGAAGAUGACUCUCGUAUCUCCAACGCCCCUCUCUCACACCUUGAGACAUUCAAACACAAACGCUGUAAUGAAAGAGGAAAGAGGAGGACAACAGCAGGACAGAUGACUGAGGAGCAGAAAAAAAAGCCAACAAUAUCAGAAAGCAAUGUUUGCCCCCCACUCAGUGUCCUGGUGGUGGACACCUACGGAGAGUGGGUCAGUCUGUGGGAGAGCCAGUUCACAGCUCUGCACAUCCCUCACCUGCGCUCUCACACACUGGUGCACACAGACCCUUUAAAUAAGAAUGCGCUUCAGGAGUUCGUUCUCAAGUAUGAUCGCUCAGCAGAGCUUCACAGCCUUCCUGACCAUGUUCAAAUUCUGGAUGACAAUGCGUUCUUCAAUGACAAGCGGCUUGGCAAGAAGGAGAGGAGACGUCUGAACGUCACGUCAACGCUGAAGAAGAGUUUGUCCUUCAGCCUACCGGGAACCAAACUGAGUGUGGAUUUUUUCAAAGAACAGGUGAAGAGAUACAAAUUGGACAAAAUUCUGCUGAAAGGAACAGUCGAACACAUCAUCCCAGUGACUGGGGACACAAAAGGAAUGGGUGAAGAACAGGAAGCCCAAAGAGAGAGUGAACAGGUGAAAGUUGACCCAAGAAAGAAGGUUGAACAUUUUUGCGUUGAACUUCAAGACGGCAGCAUCUUAAGAGCCCGGCAGGUUGUUUUGGCAACAGGUCCAACCCGUGUUCAAAUGUCCAACAUUCCCGAAUGGGUAAAAAGCAUUGAGGAAAGUUACCCAGAGGGGCGACUGCAGCACACAGUUCAUCUCAUGCACAGGCUGCCAAACUCUAUGCAAAAACUCCAAGAAACAGAUUGUCCAGGACAGGAGGAGACUUCUUCCGGUCAAGUAUGUGAGGCAGGACAGAGAGUAAUGGUAGUUGGUGGAGGUCUGACCAGCGCUCAUGUCGUAUCAAUUGCCCUGCAGCAAGGGGCCGACCACGUCACAUGGGUCAUGAGAAAACACCUGCAGCUGAAACAGUUUGAUGUUGGCGACGUGGAGAGCCUGGUAGGCCGUUACUCCCACGUGGAGCACGGCAUCAAGAUGGAUGGCCAGUCCUACCUGAGGCAGUUCUACAAUGAACGCAGCCUCCACAAACGUCUGGCUAUGAUCCGGCAGGCGAGAAAAGGGGGCGCCAUCACCCCAGAGGCAUACAUCCACCUGCAGCCAUUUAUACAGAGCGGACAGGUGGAGCUGAAGACAUUCUGCCAGGUGAACGAGGCCAGCUGGUGCCACAGGUCACAAUCCUGGAAUCUGUCUCUCAGCACUAGAGACCACUGGACAGGGGACAGGAUCUGGCUGGCCACCGGCUGCAAACUUGACAUCAAACAGGAUCCACUGCUUUCUGACGUGAUGAAGAAUUUCCCAAUCCAAGUGAUUGAUGGAUGGCCUUGUAUACUGGAAAGCUUACAAUGGACAGGAGGAUGCCCACUCUAUCUGAUGGGACAGUACUCUGCUCUUCAGGUUGGUCCUCAUGCUGUAAAUCUAGCUGGUGGACAGGCUGCCAGCGUGAGAAUUGCCAAGAACAUCAUGCACCAUCAGAUGCAGGACAGAGGACGAGAUUCUGAAAUGGGAAGAGGGAAAUCCAAAACUGAAGAAUAUAUCCAGCAGAUGAAAGGACUUUUCUGGCUUUAGUGUUAACUGAGCCCUUCAGAUGCAACUGAGACUAAUGUCAGAUAAUACAAUAAGUAGUCUGAAAGUAAACAUCAAGCUUGCCCUCUCCUGUGCAGAAAAAGACUUGCAGAAUGAAAUAACAUAAAGAAAAAUGAAAAAAAAUCAGAAGAUUCUUUUGGAUAUGGUAUGAUGACCUUCACCUUUAAAUGUUUCAGAUAUACUGUUAUUUUUAAAAUAUUUAUUUAUUUUACUUUUGUGCAAUUUAUGUGUUAUUUUGAUUUUCUUGUGAUUGUUCUGAUUUCAGUUUUGUUUCUUUAUGGGGGUCUCCCCGUUUGGUAUUGUGUUGCUUGCCCUUGUUUGAAAAAAACACCAACAGAACAAAUGAGUGAUUUUAUCCCACUCCUUAAAAUACAGUUCGGUCACUUUUUUUUUUUUUUAUUAAUAAUGGGGGGUUUUUGCAAAAAAUGUUUACAAAUUAAUAUUAUCUACAAAAUCAUAUAUUUAAAUGUAUUUCAUUAAAAAAGAG